CCAAGAUGGACUCAUGUGCGGCGCUGCACAAUGUCAUGACCACGCCUUUGUUUGAAGCUGCCAGUGUAUCGCAGCAGCUGGCAAUGAUGCAAUCCCUUCUGAUGAAGCUUAUUGAUCGGCUGACAAAAAGUGAACUUAAAGAAGACCUACACUCAUUGAAUAAGACAGGUUUCCAUGACAUACAAUUACCUCAAGCUAACAUUUUCAACCGGCAACUCAAGCAAGAGCUGUAUAAACUUGGCGGACGACUGUCGUUUAUUGAUUCAAAUACUAAAUCGGAAGAAUCGACGAAAAAAGAACCCAAUAUUCAUCCACUGGAGGCCUGUACAGGACAUACUAAGUCAAUGUCAGGAAGUACAAGUUUCGUUAGCCAAAUGAGCACACAAAAAGUAUCAAUUCCUCCUCGUGGACUAACGGCCACAAAAUUCACGCCACUAAUGAGCGAUCAGUACCUUCAGCAGAAUGCACUUGUCCUUCAUGAUCCAACGGCUGCUAAAGCGCCCAACGUGGUGUCAUGGCUACCCAUUAACGAAAUUCAUAAUUUUGGAGACUCCGUGCAUCUGACUUCUCAGUUAAUUCAGAAACCUCCGGAGCAAGUUGUACCCACGCAGCUGCUAAAAAAGCCUUCCCUUGAAAUAGAUACACGCCAAGAUAUUCUUGUGGCUUCCGUAACGUCGGUGUCUACAAAACCGUCCAAAAAAAUACGACCAAGUGUGCAGGAGCACAGACAACACCAGCCUUUACGUGAACGGCGGAGUUCUACGCCCAUGCAGGCUCCUCCAUCCAGUCAGUCAGUUCUGCGCAACCAUUCAUCCGGAAGCAGGCAUGCGCGGGACAUCCAACCCGAAGUCCAGCAACACGUGGCGGGAAAAACUAAACACACAACCUCCCGUCCGAGCUUUUUCAACCGCCCUAUGGUUUACAGACCACCGAGUCAGUGCGACGCAAUUAGUGACCGCCAUGUGAUUUACCCGUGUGAACGAUACGGAACCAGGUCCGCCCGUUCGGUGGACGCCGUCAGCACGUACUGCAACGCAAGAGGACAAAGCGAUAAACUUACUACCUACCAAGCGGACUACACCGGCGAUCAAUGGCAACGUCCAGUAAUUUGCCAGGCAAUACAAAGUGUCCACCCGUCACCCUGUUCGUCUUCCUGGCAUCGAGAGAUCCGGCAGAUAGUGCAUGUGCCUUGUGUUGAGAGAAGCACGUGUCGGACAUUGGCACACUACCUUCCUCCAACCCUGGUAGAACCCUGGCUAGACGAUUCUCGGUUAGCACUAAAAGGGGAGAGAAGAGGAAAAGACCUGCGCACGUACAUGGUGUCACCGCUCGAUAAUUCUUGCACAGCCUCGGUGAGGCAGUGCGCUGAUGGCAGUUUCGUCGUAAACGACACCUUGGCAGCGGGUCUGACUCGGCCACUGUGUGCGCGCAGACUGCCGAGACUACUUGGCUGUGCUCCUCCUACAGAGGUCAUGAUACCGGCCGUUCCUACUCAUGAGGUUACGCGUGCACGGUUAUUCGGCCCGAUUUUUCCGGACGAUUUAUGUGGCCCGGAUGUUGUGAUAGAAGAAAUUGUGUGCAGGUACCCAAUACAACCGUGGAUAAGGUCUUUGGAUAUCAGAAUUAAUUCUCCAAUUGAUGCCUUUUUUAUACCAGCAUGCUUCCAGUCGCCACCUGAAAUCUGCCUUUGCCGAUCACAUUGCAUUCCAACGAUAACAGCGAUUUGUGAGGAUAAUUCAACUUGGAGACAUUUUACGACCGAGAAAACGCAAUCAUCCCGCGGGUCAGUAUCCGCAGCCAAACCAAGUGAAAAUGCCAACAUCAGUAUCCGUCCUGCACAGAAAAUUCUGGAAUCCACGAGUUUGGUCCGCUUUCCUCCAAGUGUAUCACCGGAAGUGCCAAGGCGUAAGCCCUCCGGGAAGACUGAAUCAAAAACGGAAUCUCGGGAAAAUAUCGGUUCGUCAUCCACUCCGAACCCCUCGCAGAUAAGUGAUGUGGUCAUUGACGUGGACUAUCAGGAAAGUGUGGAGCAAGAUAUUCCACAUCUGAAGAUACGCAGCACCUCUAGUACUCAAGCAACCUCGUCAUCUAGCGUCCCAGCUACACUAGACGGUCAUAUCUCCAGAAAAUCAACCGAGAAAAGCAGUUCACGGAGGAUUCCUGCCAGACGUCCAGGCAAGGAUCAGUACUACACCACAUCACAAUCUCCAUCGCGCCCGGCAACAAACAUCUGCAAAUGUAACCUAGAAGAUGGCGGCAUGACAUGCACACGUAGCAUUGACUUCAAUAGCCGGGCGAAACUGAGCCAGAUUGUUCUGAAUUUCCGCAAUUGUGACUGUCCUCCUCCUCAUUCCCAGAAGUCCGAUGACGCUGUCAAGUCAGAAGUAAAUGGCAACUUAUGUCCGUGCACACCGGAGGAUUUGGAACUUCAUCCGGAAGAAAUUUCAUCCAAUUGCGUUUGUCACGUGUUCAAAAAAUUGAAGCGUGUACUGUCUUUAACGAAAGACCGUCUCAGUUGUCACGUUACUGACCGACAGUUUCAUGUUAAUUCUGGUUAUUUGCAAGCUGGCAUUCCCAUGGAAGCUCUGGUAAAUUCUGAGCCCUGUGGAUGCACCCUGUCUGAUCGAGAACGUCAUCCUGAAAAAUUUCCAGCGGAGUGUCAAUGUCAUGCCGAUUCACUUCCUUCGAGUUCCACUUACACACUUAUGGAAACGACAACCUCAAAGAAAACGACAAUGACUCGAAAACACAGUCGUUUGACUUUUUUGGACAAACAACAUCCUUUGUGCAUAUGUGGUGAGAAUCCAGAAGACUACAGUCUUUGUGGGUGUACCAUGAUAGCAAACACCGGCCCCAGUGAGAAGAGCGGAGAAGAGGUUUGUAGCUGUGGUUGCGUUACUUCGUAUGACUCUGGACGAAAUAAGCGCGUACCUCACAAACCUCGCGGGCGUCUGCGUAAACCAGGUGCCUGGAGCUUUUAUCUUCCUGAGACAAAGGGCUGGUCCGCUUUCUCCGACUCAACGGAACUGUCUUAUUGCGACUGUCCAAGGACAGGUGAAAGUUCGCCACCCUGUCGAAGGGGAUCAUACGUAGGCCAGCAAGUUAAGGAUCACCAAGAAUCUAAUUCCGGUCCGCAGUACGAUGGUUCAUCCCCAAAUGUCCUCUUUCCACUGAAUCCAACGAACCCGUAUACCGAAGAGGAAGUUGAAUCGAUGACCACCCUUCAAAUGGACACGUAUGAAGUUGACUUAUUCAACGCGGCAACUAGGCCAAAACACAACGGUGAUGCAUCGAUUGAAGUGAUGGACGUCACGGUUAAUAUUAGAACCACUCAGGAAGACGUAUCAGAUCAUCGUGUUCCAAGCUCGAGGGAAUCAUCAGUGGUACCAACGAUCCAGCCGCGCAAACAAUCAUCUAGUCUGGAUCAGAAACGCCAGAAAGACCAGCACACCCACGGUCCACGUGCAGCUUCUUCAACGGAAUCCAUAAUGUUUGAAACGGACUCGGGUGUGAAGCUGUCGAUUUCGGAAUCUGGUCACGGCCUUGGGCCACAGCGCCAAACACAGAAUAAGGAUAUCGGAUGUGGAUCAAAGCACUCAAAAAAUUUCACCCCGAACUCUAGUUCACCGGGCAAAGCGGAAAAAGAAUGCCAACCUAAAAUACAACCACAAAUCAGUCUUCAAUGUCGUGAAGCGCCAAACGACUGCUAUUUCACCGACGAACAGCGAAAUUGUCCUGGACCCUUCGUUGAAGUCAGUGCUGUUCCACGCGGCACAUACAAGAUACACGUUUCGACCAAAAAAUUUAGCGGCGCAUGCGGGCACUCCGAAACUGUUUCAAAAGAACAUUUAUUGCACGAAACAGAAGUGUCUACCAACCUGAACACUUCCCCACCGCAGACAGCGCCCGAAAGAUGCCCGGGGUCGGUGAAGAAGGAAUCAUCCGGCUGAAAAGAGGAUCCUACAGCCGGAUACAGAGUGGGUUAGCUGAGAUACUUCUGCAGAUGAAUGUAACUAAUCAGUGCUGUGGAAAGAUGAACUUGACAAGUCCACUACCUAUCCGACCAAACGGAGGGUCCUUCCACUAUAAGUAUCUCAGCUGAGUUACUACGAAGUCUGUCAACAAACCUAUGCACGUGGGAACAAUGACAAAACACUCCAACAGUGUAGUCCAUGAGUUUUUAUUCGUCUUAGUUAAUUUGACGGAAUUUCGUCCCACGAAGGCAUCCUGAAUCGGAUGCAUUCGGGUUGAUUGAAAUAUCUGUGACCAUGUUAUUUCAUGAAAUUUGCUUUAUGCAGAACGA